AUGUCUGCAACGUUAAGCACGCUAUCGUCCGGCAUGAACAGUAUGGCUGCGGCAACUUAUGAAGAUUUUUUGAAGCAUCGCAUUGAUCAUAAAAUUAGUGAUGCACAAGCGACAGCUAUCAAUAAAGGUUUCGUUCUAUUCUAUGGACUGCUGUCGACCGGUCUCGCGUUCGCAGCCGAGCCACUUGGUGGAGUUCUUCGGAUGUGUAUAAGCGUUAUGGGUGCCUUAUCGGGUCCAUUUGUUGGCAUAUUUGUGUUGGCGAUGUUCUGGCCUCGUGCAGGAUUCCUUUCAACAAUUAUUUCGUUUACCAUCUCGAAUAUACUCAUGAUCAUUGUGUGCAUGAUGAAUUAUGCAGAAGAUCCAUACAAGCAUUUCUUCUUACCCACCAAUUCAACGUACAUUUUUGCUGAUCUUAAGCGAGCAAUUUAUAAUCUAAUAUCGAAUUUUGAUUUGAACAAUUCAAUAAUUACUACAGCCGAAUCAGUGAUUUCAAAAAAAAAUUAA